UUGGGUUCCGCGCCGGCGAGUGCUCCUUGGGGCCCCCAUCCCAUGUCUUUCUGCCCCCCACGCUGUCGCCCCCGUGAGCCCCCGCCUACCCCCACCCUGUCUGCCGUGCCGGCGUCUCGGGCUCCCGGACGCCCAUUCCGCUGCUCCGGGGAUUGUCCUCUCCCCAGGCCUCUGGCCUCCGGGGCCCAUCCUCGCGUCUCCCGCACCUGCCUCCCUCUGCUCCCGCCGCCACCGGAGGCCCUGCGGCCUCUCGCCCCACGUGCGCCUCCGCCGCGGGGAGCGACGUGCCGGCUCUCCCGCCUGCCUGCCUGCCGGCCGGCCCGCCCGCCGCCGCAGCCUCGUCUUCGCUGCCAGGCCCUGCGAAGCGGUCGCCGCGCUCGCCGUGGGGCCAGGAGCGAGCCCUGGCUCUCUGUGUUGCUAACGGGAUGGCAUCUGGCGCCGCGACCCCGCUGCGGCUCGGUAUCUUAUUACCUCUCUGGAGUUUUGUUUGAUUUACUUUACAGCAGGUAGAAGAGACUUGUAGAAUAAUUCAUUUCAGUUCUACAAACAUCUGUUAAGCACCUUUGUGCUAUGCAUGUGCCAGAUGAUCCAG